AUGAACUUGGAGGGUCCCUCACUGAGUAUACUGAGUGGUUCUGACAUGGUGUCCGUCAAGCUGCUCGCUCCUCCUCGACUUAUUAAGGUUGAUCCGAUCAACUAUGCUCUACAAGUUGGCUCGUCAACCGCAGACAUGCUACUAAACGCUAGGGAGCUGCUACGACAACAAGACACGAUGUGUGUGACGUGCAGGAAGCGCCGCGGUCCCUUACCGGCCUCCGUGACGGCGCUUCUGGCCGUCCCUUUUGCACCUGACGAGUUGGUACCUUUGCUCCUACCUCACGACCUCCGCAUUGUUCGCGUUCGGCGCCAGCACAUUCUCGACGUCUGCUUGGGUCCGCGCAAGAAGAGCAAGUUGGAUCUGUAUAAAGAUCCACAAGCGAAUUCUACAACUCGAACGUUGUUGAUCUCAUCGAUACUACUUCCGACUGCAUCGAGGCCUACAAAGUUCGGCAAAUUUCGCAACGUCGUCGCGACACACGGGGCGUCCGGUGCCGAGGACGUCUGCAAGGCGUUUGCACGUAAUGACGAAGAGCUUCUUGGCAUUCGAGAUCUCCGCCAAUCACACCGCAGUGACGAUCAUGCGGCCAUCCGUCGCCGCCCUACGACUAACGCUACUCGUCGGAACGACAGCUCUCGCUCCAGAACCCCGGUUCCACAGGAUGUCCUCGCUGCGUUACCUGUUCAAGGCACGAAGUCUCUGUCCGAGCUGCCCGACAUUGUGAAGGAGUACAGUGUGAAGCACUACAACGGCCUCGUGCAGCCAGGCGAGGAGUCAUGACGCCAUCCCAGAAUUACUUGUCCAGUGGAGGCGGUUCCUGUACCAUCGGUGGGUCUUCGUCGUUCUGUUCCUCUAUCCACAACACUGCACAACCUGAGCAUUCUGCAAGAGAGAGAGGUUCAUGAUUCCCGCUGUCGUUUGCGUGUCUUUGCGGAACAAUUUGGUAUCACAAUGCCAGACCCAGACGUAGUCUCCGAAGCAAUAGACACAAACCAAGUGGGUUUCUUGUCGACGUUGGCGCACCACUCGCAACUGUCGCUACCCAACUUCAUUCACCUGCUUCGUAACCAAUCCGCCUCUGACGCAAGACCCAACAAGGAACUAUUUGAGCUUCCAGUACCUCCGGACUCCGAGCGCGCGCAUGUACUUCGCCAGUGGAACUC